AUGAUGUUAAGAAGUGCCAAGUUAGUAUUUGGAUUAGUAUUUGUCUGCCUUGGAUUAGUUGAUCUGGUCCGGGGUACUGUUAAAGGUGUGAGUGGAGACAAGCCUGCGUUUACCCAGAUCGAGAAAGUUGGUGAUGUUGAGAAGAUUUAUGGCAACGAUGCAUACUCUAUGCGUGUUGUUACUGGUAAGUUGGAAGCGAAUGAAGAUGAGACAAGAGAUUUACCUUCUGAUUGUCCUUACCUUUGGCUGCAGGUCAAGAAAAGUGCUACAGUUGAUGAGUUAAACUUAAGGGAGAUUCUUGAUCGAAUUAAUUUAGUCAUUGCUAUGCUGCCAGAGGAUCCUUUGAUCCUUGGUUCUCUCGUAAUCGAGUGGUGCGAUGAGUUCAAUAGGGAAGAGUCUUUAGACACCUGGAACUCAAGACUUGUUGAGGCACGGGUUCAAAGCAGACACUCCUUCAUGCUUUUAGUGGACUGCCCAUUACAGCACAGUUCAGAAGACAUUGUGCCACGUGAAUCAGAUGAGGUGACUAACGCCAAACUAUUCCUUGAAGACCUGCUAUUUGAUAUCAACGAACGUUUCCCUAAUUUAUACUGUCUAGUGAGAAACAAAGCAAACGUCAAGAUACCAAACCUUGGAUCGCUUUUGUACGUUUUGCCCCACGGCUUCUUCUCGCAAGUUGACAUCGCAGUUUCUAACCAGAAGCUCGACAACUUUGACUUUGACAUGUUUGAGUUAGGAUACGAGGGCCGCCUCUUUUCUCUAAACCGCCUGGCUAUCCACAUGCCCCAUGCUCAAACCAAUUUCCUUUCCGUAAUACCCAAUUUCCGUUGUGGAACAUUUGAGAUAUCAAUUUACAAUUGGGAAGGAACACUUGAUGUAAUCUGCAAUCGAGAAAGGUCGCCUAUGCUUGAGUUCAACGAGGUCAAGGUAAACAUCCACGAAAAAGGUGUUGACAUGGCAGUAACUGCUGAGACAGAUCUGAACAAAUCCAGUGAUUGGAUUGAGACAAUCAAUGUGGUCGGAACAAACAUUGAUGAUGGAUCUGCCGCGCUGUCCCAAGAUACUAUUUUCCCUAUGCUCAAUGAUAUGAUCACGAACAUGGGAAUGGCUAGCACCAAAGGCCGCAUUCCAGUUGUGCGAAUCAAUGGUGAAAUCAAAACCGAUGAGUUCAACAAUUACGAGUAA